GCCUUGAAAACCUCGGGACAUAAAAUGCUAUCACAAAACAUAUUCAGGUGAAGUUUGAUAAUUACGAGAUAGAAAUAUGGCUUCCAAUAAAGCCGCAAGAAUGGGUGAAGAGUAAGUGUUCUUUUUCUAAGUCAUCGGGUCAAUGUAUACUAAUGCGCAACUCAGGGUCUGGAAGUAAGUACAGUUAAAGCAAAAGGAACACUCGCCAUAUCUCACGAUGGCUAAUCAGCACUCAGAAGUCGUGUCGACAAAGUCAAUGCUGAACUCGUUACUCUUACCUAUGGAACUAUUGUGGCCCAGCUUUGCAAAGAUUACGAAAGCGAUUAUGUGGAAGUCAACAAACAACUUGACAAGAUGGGUUACAACAUCGGGUUACGAUUAAUCGAGGACUACCUUGCCAAGUCAAAUACCAUGAGACGCUGCUCGAACUUUAGGGAGACUGCGGAGAUGAUUGCUAAGGUAUGGUUCAAAUGGUUAUUAUGGGAGUAUGAUGCUGAUAGGAGAGAAUAGGUUGGGUUUAAGAUAUUCUUGAACAUUACCCCCGCAGUUUCGAAUUGGACGAGUGAUAAUAAACAAUUCUCCUUGAUAUUUGAGGAGAACCCCUUAGCCGAUUUUGUGGAAUUGCCAGAUGAUGGAAGAGCACAAGAUGAGUUGUGGUAUUCGAAUAUCUUCUGUGGGAUUUUGAGGGGCGCACUGGAAAUGGUGCAAAUGCAAGUCGAGGCUCAUUUCAUUAGUGAUAUUCUCAGAGGUCAUGAUUCCACUGAGAUGAGAAUCACUUUAGUCAGAUAUAUUGAUGAUGAGAUGCCGAUGGAUGAUGACUAGGGAGGGAGUUGUUUCAAGCGGGGAUGCAUAUUAAUGGCGUUUAGGAUUGAGGAAAUAUCAUUGCGAGGAUUUGGAAGACAUGGGAUCUUAGGGCUCAAGGUAGAUUAUAAAGUCUUGGUUUUAUUGUCGAAAAUUAAUGCAUGAAUUUGAGACUGUGUACAUCUGUCAGGUAGAAGUAUCUACAUGAAUAGCUUAGUGAGAUUUGUACCUUGGAACGAUUGUUGUCACACGAGAUAUUCAAAUGUUUCUAAGCUACUCGAAACACUUCACAAUUCAGCCUGGUGACUUUGGAAUCUCCAUGAAACUAAGGAUAUAGUCUCCCAAGCUGUUAUGGACA